GCGCCCCCGUGUGUGUCGUUUGGUAUGUGCGCGUGGUGUGUAGGGCGCGUAAUGGAUGGGACCUUCUCGACACCGCGAAUCUUUGAGUCGAUCUUCUCGACACCACAAACCAUGAGUCCCGAAACGCACAUUCGCUUGGCAGAACCGUUUUCUCCUUGCGCGAGAUCAGUGCGGCAUUUCAAUGGUGUGAUUACGAUCCACGGAGCGACCGCAGAGGACUUCGACAAGGAUCCCUGGAUGACCGUCGUCCCAUGCAGGGACGCGCGUAUUGACGAUUGGUGCGAUGGGAAUUGGGCCACGAUGGAGAGUUGCUGCCCUUGGGCAAGCCAGUACAAAUUCGCCAACAUGUUGAAGUUUGGGAACCUCAUCCCGCCGUCUGAAGCUGUCCUCGGACACAAGUUCCUGAACCACAUGCGCAGAGCGCUGGGCUGCAUUAGCCGCCAUUUCAGCCGCCUCGAAUGCCACUACGUCAGGUCGUCGCCACGAACUUGGGGAGGCUCGCGGAAACAAGAGUUGCUGGAUUGCGCUCGUCACUGCUCGUUCCUGGACCAGUACCCGCUCCGGUGCCCCGGGAAUUCUCCACAAGUUGUGUCAUACUGUUGUGUGCGAUUGAAAGUGUCCGGGUCUGAUUUCGCCAGAGUUUUAUAUGUCGCUGUGUCGAACAAGAGCAGGAAACUGGUCGAUGCAGUUGUGCUUGUAUCACGCAACGAGGUGACGUUGACUUCAUGGUGUGCUGUUCGAUUUGCGUUGUCGUUCGCAGACAGUAUGUCUUCUUCCAAGGGCAAGGUGGAGCCAACAGGGACCUCCGGGAAGGAGUCACGAAAAGAUUCCACGAUGCGGUCGUCUACUGUCACGCAGGGGUGGUCGAACCAUUCGAGGUCGAAAUGGUUCAUCGACUCGUGCUGCGGAGAUGCUUCCAACCCCACUGCGCAGCCAUGUGGUCCUGUCAUCUUCAUCGAUGACAGCAGAAGGCGUAGAGUGCUUGGUGUCGUCUUACGGUGGGAGGACGCAAAGGGGGGCCAGGGACAUUUCUAUAUUCAGAAAGUUUAUGGCGCCAAGGGCAACAUCGUUGCCAAUUCGAAAGGGAUGUUGUUGGACCUCGAAUUGUGUGAGGGGUUAAGAGCGGGUGCUGUGAACACCCCGUUCUACAGAGAACUCGUUCUCGGGGGCGGUUUUGUUUUGGCGCGUGAAUUUUUCGACAUGUUGGAGGACAAAAACAUCGCUCUAGACGUCCCGUGCGAUGUCAACCCAUCCCUGGAGCUGUCGUUGCCGUUGAAGCUGUGCAGCGGUUGCGAGUUAAGCGGGGCAGCGGCGCAGGGCGGUGAUCCGGGUUCUGGUCCCGCCACUCAGCUGCACCGUGGCGAGAGUCGAGUACAGGUGGCGGCCUAUUCGGAGGUCGACUUGGAGGUGAGCAAGGGACAGGGUGUGGAGGAGGUGGACUCGGGAGGCCUGAGCUCGCAAGGAGCUCCGCAAAAGAGGAGGGGGGAUCGUCCAGACGAGUUCGCCAGUUCUACGAAGAAGUUAAAGAGCAAGGCCCCCAGGACUGCGGGGGAGCAGGGCCGUCAGGUUGCAAAACGACCGUCUUUGAGACAGAAGCAGCCUGAGUCUAGACUGUCGUCUCCACCGACAACAGGGACUCCCAUCGACGUCGACGCCGGGUACUUCCUCGAGUGCAAAGACGGCGUUCGGACAAAGCGGGACUUCGACAUUAGCCGUGCGCAGGUCGUCGACCUUGGGGACUGGGAGGACCUGUACAACCAGCGGUCCCUGGAUCCCGUGCUCGUGGAAGGGAUCAAAGAAGCGAUGCGGUUGGCGUUCGAAAACAAAUCGCAGUCUUACGAUUUACCAACCCUGAAAAUGGCGCCGCUUGGGCUUGAUAAACCGACUCCCGGGACCAAGGCAGAACGUCUGAGGCCGGAGGAUUGGUGGGAUGAGCUGGCGGGACAAUACUACUACUACGCGGGGUGUGGGCAGCACAACGCGGCUGCAGCGAGGUCGCUGCUCGGCAGCGAGGUGGCCAGGAAAUACGAUUUCGAGCGGUGGCCUGCACGAAUGGUCUACUUUUCGGACGACGACUUCGAAGGGUACUUCCUUGUCAGUUCCCAGGACAACAAGAAGGACCUGAAGGCGCCCCCACGACAGCUGAAGCUGUCAAUGAGGGACAUUAGGUGGCAGUGGAAGCACGCCGGUUGCCCGCGUGCUGUUAUGGGGAAGCCCAUCGGAAAACAGGAUCAGGUUCGGAAGUGGCGUGAAUUCUGUAAUGUCGCACUCAACAUGACACCGCACAACAGCUUGUGGAUUCUCGCAGAUCAUCAGGGCGAGGAGGCCAUCAGGAAACAAGGCGCUGCCCUGCGUUCCUAUUUCCCGCUCGCGAUGGCAGGGGAGAACAUCUGGAAACUGGUCGUCGAGUUUUUCAAGAAAUGGGAGACAGACAGAUUGCUCAGACACGAUGGCGCAAAGUGGAUCAUGAGGAAGAAGAAAGUCAAAAACGUGAAGCCUGGGGUUGCAUACAUCCAUAAUGACAAGCUGGGCAGGAAGGAGGUCGUGUACAACGUCACUGUGGACCCGGCGACAAAGAAAGGCAAAAAGGAGAAAGAGGAGGGCGAGUGGUUUGUGCAAGUGCCAGAGCCGGACGCGCAUUGUUGGAAAACGAUGGAGUCGCUGACAGACAACGAGAAGUGCCGCGUCCUGAAGAAGGUGCUCGCUUACGAGGUGGUUUGGCUACAGGCCGGCUCCCCAGCGUUGGCGAAGCUCGGAAAGCUGAACGUCCAGGAAGUGGUGAAUUUGGUGAAGUGCGAUCGAGUGCUGGUGCGUCUAUGGAACUACUACCAGUUCAAGCAUGACAAAAGGCCGGACGCGGAUUGGAGCCAGAGGUUCCCGUUCCUAAAAUCAAGCGAGGUCAAUUCGGGUGCCCACAAUUGCGAGUUCAUGGUCGUCACCGAGACUCGGGCUCGUGUGUGGAACAACAAAACGGACAUGUGGUUCAAGUUGAGUGCGAGGAAGCGGAACAAGAUAUACGACUUCUUGUUCCUGCAAACGCGGCUGAAGAGAGACACCGACGCCGAGUACGUGCGCUGCAAGGACCACAUGUUCACGUCGCUCGACAACUACCACGGCGCCUCCCGCAUGAAUGCGAAGACCUUCCUCGAGAGGUUGCAGUCCCUUUACUUCGUGGAGUCAGAGGAGGAGCUGACGUUCGACAGUUACUCCUCCUUGAUCUCCACAGAAGACGAGGAGACCUUCGACAUUGAGUUCGACGUGACCGCGGACGAGGAGGGCAGCGACACCGAAAGCCUCGACCUGCAGUACGACCAACAUUCCGCGCAGCACGCUACAGGGUCGUCCUUGGCAGGAUGGAUGCCACUCCCUCGCGGGUCGAAGUCUGACUUCCUCGACGUCACUAGAAUUGCGGUCCUCCAUAAAGUGAGGGCCGAGAAUGGCUCUUUCGCACGCGAAGACGUGUCCGUCAUUUCCACAGUCGGGCGAUUGUUCGCCGAACUUCAGGACAAGUGCUGGUUGGAGCUGACGGAGGACUACUACGACCUCGACACGAGCCCCUCGAAAGGAAGGGUGGACUGGAAAAUCCCCCCUCCUAGUGGGACGCAUGCGGGAGGGGCUGCGUGGGGCGCGCGGGAAGCGCAUUCAUCGGAAAUCGACACGGGUUCGGGCGAAGUGGCUGCAUUGCAUGCAGGGGAAGAAGGCAGGGUGAUGGACAAAGAGAAGGAAGUGGAGGAAGGAGACACAGGGGAGGAAUUGGAGGAAGGAGGGGAGGAAGGGGAGGAAGAAGAGGAUGAAGGAGAGGAAGGGGAAGAAACGGAGUUGGCUGGGUUGCUAGGAGGGCAGGAGGGGGAAAAAGGUGAACUCGAUACAGGAGACGACGAACGGACUUUCAGCGACGACGAUGACAGAUCUGGGGAGUCUUMUGACGGAUUCGGGCAGCUGUACGGAGAACACCACGAGGAAGACGACGACGACGAUGACACGGCACUGGGUAUGGAGACACACGUGGUCACAAGCCUUUCGGCAGAACGUGAUGACUAUGAGGUCCAAGCAAUGACGUCUGCCGUCGAUCUCCAACACCGGUUCAAUGAAGCUCGUGUAGCAGUCAUCCUGACUAAACCGAGUGUGCGUAUUGACAUCGAAGAAGUUAUCGACGACAUCCUGGGCGACCACCACAUGUCCGCGCAACCAUCCUCGACGCCUGGUGUCGACGACCCUCUCGACGUCAAGCCUUUUGGGGGAUCUGUCGUCGAUUUCUCGCCGACGAGCUCUCCGAUGCUGCCGCCGACCAUCGCCAGCGGAGGAGAAGGCGGGAUCGGGGGACGACAAGAUGUCACAUCCCCGAAAAAAACUGCCCCCGGCACUCGAGCUCUCGACUUGCUGGCCUUGCCCGCGCCAACUUCGCCGAUUAAGGAGCAGAGAGACAAACCAGCUGGUAAGCAGUGACAAACGCCACUCUGUCUGCGCGCCAAUGACCGCAGUGUCUGUCAAUGCGCACGAGACAAAAACAUGUGUGUUUUUGUUGAAGCGUUCCCUCACACGAGU